CUCCAUCCAUCCAUCCAUCCCCACCCCCACCGUCCCGCCUCCUCCCAGCUGCGUCCGCCGCUGUCCCGUCUGUCUGCCCGGUAUCUGCCCCGCUGCUCGGCGCUGCUCUGCCCCUCUCCCACCCCGGACCCAAAGCCUCUGCCUCCGCGUUCACCACCCCGGCUCCUCGUACCCUCCCUUCCCUCCACCCAGUGCAUGCACCAGCGCCGAAAUCAUGACGGGCAUCGCCGCCGCUUCGUUUUUCUCCAAUUCCUGCAGGUUCGGCGGCUGCGGUCUCCAGUUCGAGACUCUCGCCGAGCUCAUCGUCCACAUCGAGGACAAUCACAUCGACACAGACCCGCGGGUUCUGGAGAAGCAGGAGCAACAGCAGCCCACUUAUCUGGCCCUAAGCUACAUAAACAGGUUCAUGACAGACGCGGCGCGCCGGGAACAGGAGACCAUGAAAAAGAAAGCCACGCCCAAACUGUCCCUGUCCAUCACGGGCGGGGUGUCCAGAAACAGCACGGCCACGCCUCCCCGCCACACAAGUGGUAACUUGACGCCUCCGGUCACGCCCCCCAUCACCCCGUCCUCCUCCUUCCGCAGCAGCACACCUACAGGCAGCGAGUAUGACGAGGAGGAGGUAGACUACGAGGAGUCAGACAGCGAUGAGUCGUGGACCACAGAAAGUGCCAUCAGCUCCGAGUCCAUCCUCAGCUCCAUGUGCAUGAACGGGGGAGAGGAGAAGCCGUUUGCCUGCCCUGUCCCUGGCUGUAAGAAGAGAUACAAGAAUGUGAACGGCAUCAAGUACCAUGCCAAGAACGGCCACCGCACGCAGAUCCGCGUGAGGAAGCCCUUCAAGUGUCGCUGUGGCAAGAGCUACAAGACGUCACAGGGCCUGAGACACCACACCAUCAACUUCCACCCGCCUGUCUCCACCGAAAUCCUGCGCAAGAUUCAAGGCUAGAGCGUGCGGUAGUGCUAAACAUCUGCCCCAAACAUAGCCCUAUUCAAUCCUGACUUUCCUUUUCUUUUCUUUUUUUUUUUAAAAUUCCCAUUCCACACACUAAAGGAUCAAGUGCAUGCUUUAAGUUCUUAAUAUUUUUAUUUGUUGUGUUACGUUGUUUUUUUUCUUUCUUCUAUCCAUGUUAUAUCACUUGUAUUUUUGGAAAGAAAAAGUAUCUUUGUAGUAUUUUUAUUGUUGUAUAUUUGCACAUUCGUAUAUGCUAUCACAAUAUUAUUAUUUUUAUUAUUUUUUGUUCUUAUUAUUUGACUCAUAUAAGGUGCUAACUGUAAAAACAAAAAAAAAACAGAGAGAAAAGACAAAAAACAAAUGGAAGAAGAGAGAGGGAAAGAGAAACAGGAAGUGCAGCUAAGCCCGGCCCCGUUUUUCUCGCACGUCUUUGCGCGAGGAUGAAGUUGUUUUUGGCGCCGAUUUGAGCUCAUGCCUUUUUUCACACACCGGGAGACACUCGGGGAGUGUCAACGACUUCGCUGAGCUCAGAUCGGAGCUUUCACAGGAACUUCUCGGGGGGUGACGGGGGGCGGGGUUUGAGUACAAGAGUGCAGUUAUACUUAAACAAAACAGAUAUAUUGAUAUAUUAAAAAAAACAAUAGACAGAUACGUGUACAUAAAAUAUAUAAAAGGUAUUCAUGAGCGUAUACAUAGUUACACUUUAUUUUCAAGCUUUAUUUUAUAUAUAUUUCCGUCAGUGUUUUAGAUAGUGUUCUUUUCCUAUGUGCGAGUAAAAAAAAAAAAAAAGCGUUCCUUUCAUGCGUUACUUGAUGAAUUUGCUGAGAUUUGUCACUUCAGAGGACCAGUUCUCUCCCUCUCUCUUUCUCUCUCUCGCCAAACUCGCUGUUGAUCAGGAAGAGAGACGUAUUUGAACAAGGACCGGGCCAAACAAAUCCCAUUUCAUCCGCACAGAAAAAGCCUCGUCGUCUGUAUUACACGCGCAUCUCCGCUGUGUCCUCAUUCACGCAGAGUGCCAGAGCUGUGAAAGAGCAGGUUAAGCAUCGAACUAAAACUUCCCACUUGCCAAGAUCUUUGUUGUCGUUUUCAUUUCCCAUGAUCAUUGCCAACAGCUCUUCACUGCCAAACAUUGAUCAUACCAUGUGCCUGAAGAGGGGGUGG